CCCCGUUCCUCUUUGAUCUCUCCGGCUUCAUAAACGAUCAAAUUAAUCACCGGAAAAUUUCACGAGAAUGGCUACAGCCAUUGGAGGAGGUAGGGACGUAGAGGUAGGAUUUGCGAAGCUGCAAGGUGAGGAUUUCGAGUACUAUAUGCAGUCAUACUCCAUUAUGCUCGGCCGGAAUUCUAAGAAAUCGACCGUCGACGUCGACCUAUCUUCUCUUGGCGGCGGGAUGAACAUUUCCCGAAACCACGCUCGGAUCUUCUACGACUUCACGCGCCGCCGCUUCUCCCUCGAGGUCCUGGGCAAAAAUGGCUGCUUCGUUGAAGGCGUACUCCAUCUCCCUGGGAACCCUAACGUCAAGCUCGAUUCACAGGACCUUUUGCAGAUAGGGGACAAAGAGUUCUACUUUCUUCUACCGGUUCGGAGUAUCCUAGGCGGGCCGUUGGGACCAAGGCACCACGUCUCAGGGCAUACUAUUGCCGGCACAGUUGUUCCCUACCAAAAUUAUCAUUCGGGUCCGGGUUCCGGGUCGGGUAUAAAGAGUGGACGGAGUAGAGAGCUCUAUGAGUAUGAUGAUGAUGACGAAGAUGACAUUGACGAUGACGAUGACGAAGAUGUCAGGGGCAGUGGGAAGAAAACAAGGAGAGAUGGACAUGAAGAAUAUGCUUCCGGUGAGAAGAAAAGAGAGGGAAGAGCAAAGGUAGAUCGUGAAGCUGAUGAUCAACAAGUUUUGCAGCUAGAGGAAAAGGAUGUUGUAUCAUCUGUUGCCACUGUGCUUUCUGAUUUGUGUGGUCCGGGAGAUUGGAUGCCUAUGGAAAAACUUCAUUCCGUGAUAUUAAAGAAGUAUGGAAACGUAUGGCAUCACAGUCGAGUAAGAAGGUACCUGGCACAAGAAGAUUGGGCUAUCCCUGAAGCAAAGGGUAAACCGUGGUUCGGUUUGCUGAUGCUGCUUAGAAAAUACCCGGAACAUUUUGUAAUCAACACAAGAUCAAAGGGAAGGGUUACGCUAGAAUUCGUAUCCCUCGUCUCCCUCCUCUCAUGAAAACCAUCAUCACCAACAUGAUUGUGCUUGUUUUACUUAGUGCAGAAAAAUUGUUAUAUCUUUUGAUUCGAUUGAGUGUAGGGCGGUGUCUAUGUAAUGGAUUGGGAAACAUUGUUGGGCUAGAGCCUAACUUUAAUAUAUUACCAAAAUAAUGUGUGUUUAUAGAAAGAAAGAAAAAAAUAACGUUUAAAAUGGGAAGAGGUGUAUGACACGGGCUAGGCCCAUUAAAGAAGAAAAGGCCCAAAAAGAAAAUGACCAGAAUCAGACAAUAUAAAAUGACUAAACGUGUGGUCUUAGGGUUCUUAUCAUUUUUGUUGCAGCAUUUGAGAUCGAAGGUACCAGAGAGAGACUUGAGCGAAGAUGAUUUAUGAUGUGAACUCCGCCCUCUUCAGGUCCUUCCUUAGCCAGAAGGGAAGCUCUUCCGACAAAAGGAAAAUCGAGGACAAGCCAAGAGAACAGAAGCCCAAAGCCAGCGACAACAAACCUGUUAUGAAUGAAUAGACUUAUCCCUUGUUGGUGUGUUCAUGUAACAUUUCCUUUGUUAGUGUGUCAUGUAACAUUUAUAUUCGAAGCAGAAUUUUAUCUUAAUGUUCAUUUGAAGUUUUCUUUCCUUUGAACUGCUCUUUUGGGGGUAUUUUUAUCUAGGAUCGUA